CGGAAGCUCUUAACCGAGACCUUCCGAGAAAAUACACAUGUGUUGUUAAACCAAAAUUGUCAAAAACAUCUGAAAUAAAGGAAAAUCAUGGCAGAAGACUUCGGAGAAGACCUUUUUAAUGUGUUUGAUCAGAAUACAAUAACUAAAGUGUCCCCUUUAGAUGUUCCCAUUAACGAUAAAUCUGAUGAACAAAGAACUGAUAAUUUGCUGCAGAGCAUUGUUGGAACUAAGAGGCCUGCAACUUCUGUUGAUGUAGACAUGGUAGAAGAAGAAAAUGAAGAACCCAAAACUAAAAAGAUCAAAAGCUUACCUGAUGAUACAGGGUCUACAGAAGUAAUGCCAAGAAUUCAGGUUCAUACAGUAGAGACUGCUGAGGCUUGUUUACAUGAGGUUGCAUUACCCCCAGAUGCUGAGUUUGUACCAUUAACUAAGAUGCCAGACACCUUGGCCAAAGAGUACCCCUUCAUCUUAGAUCCUUUUCAGAAAGAGGCUCUGUUAUGUUUAGAAAACAACCAAUCAGUUUUAGUAUCAGCCCAUACAUCUGCUGGGAAAACAGUUGUGGCAGUGUAUGCCAUUGCUAUGUCAUUGCAACAGAAGCAGAGAGUUAUAUAUACCACACCAAUCAAAGCUUUGAGUAACCAGAAGUAUAGAGAGCUGUAUGAGGAGUUCCAGGAUGUUGGUCUGAUGACGGGAGAUGUAACCAUUAAUCCUACAGCCAGUUGUCUCAUAAUGACUACGGAGAUUUUGAGAAGUAUGUUAUACAGAGGAUCAGAAAUCAUGAGAGAAGUGGCUUGGGUUAUCUUUGAUGAAAUACAUUACAUGAGAGAUAAAGAGAGAGGAGUUGUAUGGGAGGAAACCAUUAUAUUGUUACCAGAUAAUGUCCAUUAUGUGUUUCUGUCAGCCACCAUACCUAAUGCUAGACAGUUUGCUGAAUGGAUAUGUCAUUUACAUAAACAGCCUUGUCAUGUAGUAUAUACAGAUUACAGACCUACACCAUUACAACAUUACAUAUUCCCAGCUGGUGGAGAUGGAAUACAUUUAGUGGUAGAUGAAAAUGGAGAGUUCAGAGAAGAGAAUUUCAACACGGCAAUGGCAGUUCUUCAGAAUUCAGGUGAUGCUGCAAAGGGUGAUCAGAGGGGAAGAAGAGGAGGUUUUAAGGAUAAUGAGUCAAAUUGUUACAAAAUAAUAAAGAUGAUUAUGGAAAGGAAUUUUGCUCCAGUAAUUGUGUUCAGCUUCAGUAAGAAAGAUUGUGAAGCUUAUGCAUUACAGAUGUCCAAGCUUGACUUUAAUACAGAGGAAGAGAAAGGUCUUGUAGACGAGGUAUUUAACAAUGCUAUAGACGCCUUGUCAGAUGAAGAUAAGAAAUUACCUCAGGUAGAGGCUGUGUUACCUCUGUUGAGGAAAGGUAUAGGUAUACAUCAUGGUGGAUUGUUACCUCUACUGAAAGAAACCAUAGAAAUCCUCUUCUCUGAAGGAUUAUUAAAGGCCUUAUUUGCUACUGAAACUUUUGCCAUGGGAUUAAACAUGCCGGCAAGGACAGUAUUGUUUACAAGUGCCAGGAAGUUUGAUGGCAAAGAUUUCAGAUGGGUAACGUCUGGAGAGUAUAUACAGAUGAGUGGUCGAGCAGGAAGGAGAGGUAUAGAUGACCGAGGGAUUGUUAUCUUAAUGGUGGAUGAAAAAAUGAGUCCUCAGGCUGGCAAACAGAUUGUCAAGGGUCUCCCGGAUUACUUGAACUCAGCAUUUCAUCUGACCUAUAACAUGGUGUUGAACUUGUUACGAGUGGAAGAAAUAAAUCCAGAAUAUAUGUUGGAGAGAUCUUUUUAUCAGUUCCAGAACUACGCAGCAAUACCUGAUUUAUUUGAUAAACUAAGAAAAUUGGAAGUAAAAUAUGGUGCCAUUGAAGUACCAAAUGAAGAUCAAGUGUCGGCAUAUUAUAAGAUCCGUCAACAGUUAGAUAACCUAGGCAAUGAUUUACUGACAUUUAUACAGAAACCAAACUACUUACUCCCAUUCUUACAGCCUGGUAGGCUGGUCAAGAUCAAGAAUGGAGAAGAUGACUUUGGUUGGACAGUUGUAGUUAAUAUUCAGAAGAAGGCUAACCAGACCAAGAAUACUCCCGACACUGGUCCUGUAUAUGUAGCUGAAGUGUUGGCCCAUCUUACUAAAGAAUGUGCCAGGAGUAGGAACUCAGCUAAUAUCAAACCAUGUCCUGCUGGGGAAAGGGGAGAAAUGCAGGUUAUCCCAGUAUUAUCACAUUUAAUACAACAAAUAAGUGCUGUAAGAUUAUAUAUACCACAAGACUUACGUCCCCUUGAUAACAGACAAAGUGUGCUCAAGUCAAUACAGGAAGUGGAAAAGAGAUUUCCGGAUGGUGUACCAUUGAUUGACCCUAUAGAAGAUAUGGGUAUUAAAGAAAAAGGUCUUAAAGAAUGUGUCAAGAAAAUAGAGGCAUUUGAACAUCGGAUGUACUCCCAUCCUUUACACAAAGAUCCAAAAUUAACAGAAUUGUAUAAGCUGUUUGAGAGAAAAGCUAAGGUUGGUACUGAAAUAAAAAGCAUAAAGACAGAAUUAAAAAAGAAGAAAUCUUUGUUACAAAUGGAUGAACUGAAAUGUAGGAAGAGAGUAUUAAGAAGAUUGGGAUACUGCACAGCAUCAGAUGUUAUAGAGAUGAAAGGCAGAGUAGCUUGUGAAAUUAGCAGUGGUGAUGAGUUGUUGAUGACUGAGUUGUUGUUUAAUGGUGUAUUUAAUGAUCUGUCUGUACAGCAAUGUUGUGCUUUAGUCAGCUGUUUUGUGUUUGAUGAGAAAGCCAAUGAAAUGCCUAAAUUAACAGAAACAUUAUCAGGGCCUCUUAGAAUCAUGCAAGAUACUGCCAGAAGGAUAGCUCGUGUGAGUAGGGAAGCUAAGAUUGAUGUAGAUGAGGAACAAUACGUAGAAUCCUUCAGGCCCCAUAUGAUGGAUAUUGUAAAUGCUUGGUGUAAUGGCUGUACUUUUGGACAGAUUUGUAAAAUGACGGAAGUAUUUGAAGGCAAUAUUAUCCGUUGUAUGAGACGGUUAGAGGAAACCUUACGUCAGAUGUGUCAAGCCUCUAAAGCUAUUGGAAAUACAGAGCUAGAAAAUAAAUUUGCUGAAGGAAUUCGAAGGAUAAAAAGAGACAUUGUAUUUGCAGCAAGUUUAUAUUUGUGAUGCUUCUGUCAAAGUCAUCUCUAAAGAAUGAAGAUCUCAGGCAGUUUAUGAACUACCAUCAGUAUAGAGGCAAUAAGUCUCAAUGCCCUGAAUAAAAUGUCAUCCAUAUACAGGAAGAGGGUCUUAACCAUACAACCAUCAUAUGACAUAAGUGAAUAAGUUGCAGUCAACACAUGUGUAUAACUUUAUAUCUGUUCAUUUUGAUAAACUUUUAACUGAAUACAAAAACAGUGCAAUCACAAAUUGUGCAUUACUUUGAAAUAGUACAGGUUUCCUUGUGUUUAGAAAACUAGGAAUUAUUUGAAAAAAAGGAGGAUGGUUAAAUUUUUUUUUUAUUUUGUCAUUCAGGUUAUGUUCUGAUGUACACAUUUUAUCUGAUGUCCUUACUUUAACAGUGCUUAUCAAAAUGAAGAAUUGUAUUUAUGGUUAUGAUUACAAUAUGUUAACUGCUAUGUUAUUUUUUCUGCAACUUCUUAGAAUAUUAUUAGGUCUAUCAGGGUCUUGCAAAGACUAACAACAUUGAGGUCAGAAAAAUUCCCCAUUGCAAUAAUAUGUUUUAUGCCAAGAAAUGUUACAGUACUCACAGUACUUACUUGAAAAUGAUAUGUUAUGAAUAAAAUUAUUUGACUGUUAAGUUUUUGUUGAGAUCUGUUGCCAGUCUGUUUAUUAAAUCAUUUCCCAGCACAAUAAAAAAAAGUAUUGUCAUCCAACAUGUCUGUUUACCUGUCAUUGCUUAUUUGAAAUUUGAUAUAUUUUUUUUAAAUGUCUGGAUUUUGAUGAAAGGUUGACACCUUACAGACUAUUAAAUUAAGUGUUAUUGUUAUAAGACUCUCUACAUAUUAAGUUAUAUGUAAGAUAAUUAGUACGUUCAUAGAACUUGAGAUUUAAAAAUUAAAUAAACCAGAAAUUCAGAUCUGUACCUUAUCACUGUCAAACUACAUGUAUAUGAUACACUUUUAAUGUGAUGGAACAAAAUUAGUUUAAUCCUUCUUUCGAAAGUUCCAUGUGAGCUUUUAUCAUCCAUUGACUCUAAAACCCUGACUUGUUUGCGAAAAAAAUUAAUAAUGUUUUUUGUCUGAGUUUUUUGUGCAGAAAAAAGUACAUAAGAAUCAUGGUACAUAACUUCUGAAGAAAUAUGAUAUUAUUUGUUGUUGAAAAAAAACAUGAUUAUUAUCUGAAAGUAAAAGUGUAAAUAACACAAAAUUAAAUUUGUUAGUAUUGUUAUAUAAGUUGUUUUUAUUUUAAAAAGCUUUGUAACCUGGCUGGUAACAAUAUAUUGCAAACAUUAAAUGUAAAUAUUCAUUUGUCAUUUUAUCAUGCUGUACAUAUUAUAAUUAUUGGAAGAAAUAAAAUAGUGAUA